AUGGUCAGUACGGAUGAUCGCAAUCAAACUCCGGAAGAUGGCGUCAAUAUGAAAAUGCCAAAAGUGUUUGUUAGUUGGGGCAAGCAUGCCACCUUUAGGGAGAAAUGCGGUGGAUCGCACGGAUACUGUUGCUGUGCCCUGGGGGAUAUUCUUUCGGAAAACUUGCCAUGGGCGCAGAGAAGCGACGAUUAUUAUUAUGUUGCCGAAGAAGGUUAUCUGCUUAAUGCAGGUAGGGAGACGGAGUUGGGAAGGAGGAUUGCAGGAUUUGAAUGGGGUGGUACGUCUUAUCCCGGGGUUGUACAGGAUACAAUAUGCGAGAAGUAG